UGAACUCUGUUGGACCAACCCACGGGUCUUAUAGUCGUCGUCGUCGUCGUGGUGGGAGUCGUUGAACCAACCCUCCACUCCCCACUCCGCUUCUUGCGGCCGUCGCCAUGAGUUCCUCCUCCGGCGACCCUAAGCCCGUCGUUACCGGAUACCCCGCUCCCCUUGCCGCCGCCGCCGCCUACCCUUACCCCGCUCCGCCGCCCCCCUCCUACUACUCCAACGUCGCUCCUCCCCCGCCCCAGCCGCAGUACUACCCCCGACCCUACGCUGCCGCCGCUGUCGCCGCACCCGCCUACAACCCUCUCUUCCUUCGCCGCCUCCUCUCCUUCUUCGUCGCCCUCUUUCUCCUCGUCGGCCUGGCCGUCUUCAUCGUAUGGCUCGUCCUCCGCCCCCGCCUUCCCGAGAUCGGGGUCACUUCCGUCGCCGUCUCCGGCUUCAACCUAUCGGCUUCCGAGCAGCAGCUCUCCGCCGACUUCGACCUCAACCUCGCUGUCCAUAACCCCAACAGAAAAAUGGGGAUCUACUAUGACCACGUCACCGCCGCCGUCCUCUAUGGCACCGAGACCAUAUCGGAAGCCUCGCUGGCACCUUUCUAUCAGGAGAAGGGAAACACCAUCGCCAUCCGGGCUCGGUUCGUGGCGGUCGGUGAGUACGUGGAUCCCGAUGCGGUGAAGGGGAUCCGUUCGGACCAGAGCCGGGGUGAUGGGGCGGUGGGCUUUCAGGUUACGGUUUUGGCCUGGGUGAGAUUUAGAUCUGGGGCAUGGCGAACGAGGUGGCACACCAUGAGGGUAUACUGUGAUGAUGUCCCGAUCGGGUUGAAAAAUGGGACAACUUCAUCGGCCUCAGGGUACUUGGUCGGAUCGACACCGAAGAAAUGCGUGGCUAAUCUCUGAGUAACUGUUUAAGCCGUGGCCUCGGGGCCGACGCAGCUCGGUUCUGGAGUCCGGAAGUCGGGAAUCUCGGGACGUCACGUCCCUCGGGGUCUCCUGGCGGCCGAGCACCGUGGUUCGGGGCGGUAGAUCGGGUCAGCAGCUCCACAGUAGCGCCGGGAAGAGGCCACCUCGCCUUCGUUCCUGCACACAGGUCGGGUCGGAGGCUCGGCCCGACCCCUCCGACGAUCAAGUUAGCAACGUGGAGGGGGUUUAGGAGGAGGAGAAACCUCCGUGUGUUGAGUGUGUGAUCCCCCAUGAACGAGAGGGUGGUUGAAGAGGGGGUGUUUCCGUCUCGGUCCCCUCCGUUCUUCUAAUGAGCAAGAGGGUAUUUAUAGGGAAGCAAUCUGCUUCCUAAGCUGCCCACUUGCAGGGGGCAGGUCGGGAUUGAUGUGCCUCGGUCAGCAUGUUAGACUUGACUUUUGGCAGGGGGCAAGCUGGUAUUAAUGGUGCCUCGGUCAGCGUGUUGGCCAGUUUGACCAGGUGCUGAGGCGUGAUGGGACAGGUGACGUCAGCCAGUCUUGUUGCCAUUAUUUCCCUUAUCAAUAACUAUGAUAAAUUCUAUAUAAAAUGUAUUUUUAGUUCA